GUGGGACUCCGGCCUCCGUGGCGGGUGGCAGGCUGUCCCGUUAGGUCUGAGGCGGCAAUGGCUGCACGCGCUGUGAGGCUGCUGACCACACUGCUGGCGAUUGCCGCCGCUGCCUCCCGGGCCGAGGUCGAGUCCGAGACGGGAUGGGACAUGCCUGCGCCUGAUCUGCUCUUCGCGGAGGGGACCGCGGCCUACGCGCGCGGGGACUGGGCUGGGGUGGUCCUGAGCAUGGAGCGGGCGCUUCGCUCGAGGGCCGCCCUGCGCGCCCUUCGCCUGCGCUGCCGCACCCGGUGUGCCGCCGACCUCCCGUGGGAGCUGGACCCCGACUCGUCCCCGAGCCUGGCGCAGGCCUCGGGCGCCGCCGCCCUGCACGACCUGCGCUUCUUUGGGGGCCUGCUGCGUCGUGCCGCCUGCUUGCGCCGCUGCCUCGGCCCGCCGGCCGCCCACUCGCUCAGCGAGGAGCUGGAGUUGGAGUUCCGCAAGCGGAGCCCUUACAACUACCUGCAGGUCGCCUACUUCAAGAUAAACAAGCUGGAGAAAGCAGUAGCAGCUGCACAUACCUUCUUCGUGGGCAAUCCUGAACACAUGGAGAUGCGGCAGAAUCUGGACUAUUACCAAACCAUGUCUGGGGUGAAGGAGGCUGACUUCAAGGAUCUUGAGGCCAAACCCCAUAUGCACGAGUUCCGGCUGGGAGUGCGGCUCUACUCGGAGGAGCAGCAGCACGAAGCCGUGGCUCACCUGGAGGCGGCGCUGCGCGAGUACUCGGUGGCGGACGCGGAGUGCCGCGCGCUCUGCGAGGGGCCGUACGACUAUGACGGCUACAACUACCUGGAGUACAACGCGGACCUCUUCCAGGCCAUCGCAGAUCAUUACAUCCAGGUCCUCAGCUGUAAGCAGAACUGCGUCACGGAGCUGGCUUCCCACCCAAGCCGAGAGAAGCCCUUUGAAGACUUCCUCCCAUCACAUUAUAAUUAUCUGCAGUUUGCCUACUAUAACAUUGGGAAUUAUACACAGGCUAUUGAAUGUGCCAAGACCUACCUCCUCUUCUUCCCCGACGAUGAGGUGAUGAACCAGAAUCUGGCCUACUACACAGCCAUGCUUGGAGAAGAACCAGCCAGAUCCAUUGACCCCCGUGAGGCUAGCAGGGCACCUAGGGAGAGAUGUGUCCCCGGAAGGUACUUAGUUUCUCUGCCCUGGAGUGCCCGGGAGUACCGACAGCGCAGCCUGCUGGAGAAAGAACUGCUCUUCUUCGCUUACGAUGUUUUCGGAAUUCCCUUUGUUGACCCGGAUUCAUGGACUCCAGAAGAGGUGAUUCCCAAAAGAUUGCAAGAGAAACAAAAGUCCGAAAGGGAAACAGCCGUCCGCAUCUCCCAGGAGAUCGGAAACCUCAUGAAGGAGAUUGAGACCCUGGUGGAGGAGAAGACCAAGGAGUCGCUGGAUGUGAGCAGGCUGACCCGGGAAGGUGGCCCCCUGCUCUACGAAGGCAUCAGUCUCACCAUGAACUCCAAAGUCUUGAAUGGUUCCCAGAGGGUGGUGAUGGAUGGUGUCAUCUCCGAUGAUGAGUGCCGAGAGCUGCAGAGACUUACCAACGCAGCAGCGACCUCAGGAGAUGGCUACCGGGGUCAGACCUCCCCACACACCCCCAGUGAAAAGUUCUAUGGAGUCACUGUCUUCAAGGCCCUCAAGCUGGGACAGGAAGGGAAGGUUCCCCUGCAGAGCGCCCACCUGUACUACAACGUGACCGAGAAGGUGCGGCGCGUCAUGGAGUCCUACUUCCGCCUGGACACCCCCCUCUACUUCUCCUACUCCCACCUGGUGUGCCGCACCGCCAUCGAAGAGGCACAGGCUGAGAGGAAGGACAGCAGCCACCCAGUCCACGUGGACAACUGCAUCCUGAACGCCGAGGCCCUCGUAUGCAUCAAGGAGCCCCCUGCCUACACCUUCCGGGACUACAGUGCUAUUCUUUAUCUAAAUGGAGACUUCGAUGGAGGAACCUUCUAUUUCACUGAACUAGACGCCAAGACUGUGACAGCAGAAGUACAGCCCCAGUGCGGAAGGGCUGUGGGGUUCUCUUCAGGCACCGAAAACCCGCACGGAGUGAGGGCUGUCACCAGAGGCCAGCGCUGUGCCAUCGCCCUGUGGUUCACGUUGGACGCCCGACACAGUGAGCGGGACAGGGUGCAGGCAGAUGACCUGGUGAAGAUGCUCUUCAACCCCGAAGAGAUGGUCCUCCCCCAGGAGGGGCCCCCCCAGCCGGUCGAGGAGUCUCUCUCUGGCGGUGAGGCGGGGCGCAGGGAUGAGCUCUGACAGCAUCCAGCUCACUGUGGGUGGGUGGCCAGACCCACCUGGAGUAAACGUCCUGCACCCUGGACCGGCCGGCCCCUGGGGGCUGCGGAGCAGUGAGAAGGUUCCAUCUGCUGCCCGGCCAACGGGACCCUGCUCACGGCUAUCCGCACGGUGCUACUGCUCCCCGAAGUAGACAUGGCAGGACGGCCCUCUCUCCUCUGGACCCGGCUGUGGGCUCAGGACGCAGGCCCCGAGCCGCCCCCAGAGGCCUGCACAGGCAGCCACAUGACAGCACUACGGUAUUUGAGUGUCUGUGUAGACAACCAAAGAAUAAAUGAUUUGUGGGGUUUUUUUUUU